CCCAUUUCUCCCAUAACAAAAAAGAAAACCAUCAAGAGCAACGAUGAACACUUCCAAAACUGCUCAUAUUUCUUUGCUCUCAUUCCUUUUUCUUCUCUCUCCUCUCUUCAAUCUCGUUUCUCUCUCGUAUGCUGCCUCAGAUCCAAACUAUGACUCCUUUGUCCAGUGCUUAACCAAGCAAUCAGGCCCAAAUGACCAAAUUUCAUCAAUUGUUUACAGUCCCAGCAAUUCUUCAUACACCUCUGUGCUUCAAGCAUACGUCAGAAACCGCCGGUUCAACACUUCCUCAACUCCAAAACCCAGAAUCAUUGUGACCCCUUUGAAAGUAUCUCAUGUUCAGGCCUCUGUGAUUUGUGCCAAAAACAUUGGGGUUCAACUCAAAAUCCGUAGCGGCGGCCAUGAUUAUGAAGCAAUUUCUUAUGUCUCCGAUGUUCCUUUUAUCAUACUUGAUAUGUUUAAUCUUAGAUCAAUUAGUGUUAAUAUUGAGCAAGAGAGUGCUUGGGUUCAAGCAGGGGCUACACUGGGUGAAAUUUACUAUCGGAUCUGGGAAAAAAGUAAAAUUCAUACUUAUCCUGCCGGAGUUUGUCCGACGGUGGCGGCCGGCGGCCAUAUAAGUGGCGGCGGUUAUGGGGUUUUGCUGAGGAAAUAUGGGUUAGCUGUUGAUAAUGUGCUUGAUGCACAAAUAGUUGAUGUGAAGGGUAGAGUUUUGGAUAGGAAAGCUAUGGGGGAAGAUGUUUUUUGGGCCAUCAAUGGUGGUGGUGGUGCUAGUUUUGGGGUUAUUUUGGCUUAUAAGAUUAAGUUGGUUAAAGUUCCUGAAAUUGUUACAGUUUUUAGGGUUCAAAAAACUUUGGAACAGAAUGCUACAGAUGUAGUUUAUAGGUGGCAAUUUGUGGCAGAUAAGAUUGACAAUGAUUUGUUCAUUAGGAUGCUUUUGCAGCCAGUUAGUGGUAGCAAAAAGGGUGAGAGAACUAUUAGAGCAUCUUUUAUUUCACUGUUUCUUGGAGAUGCAAAUAGAUUGAUGACAAUUAUGAACAAGGAUUUUCCAGAAUUGGGUUUGAAGAAAGCAGACUGUAUGGAAAUGAGUUGGAUUGAUUCAGUUCUUUACUGGGCGAAUUUUGAUAGUGGGACGUCGCCGGAUAUUUUGCUUAGCCGGACACCAGAUUCAGUGAAUUUCUUGAAGCGGAAAUCGGAUUACGUUCAGAAUCCAAUUUCCAAAGAUGGGUUGGAAUGGAUUUGGAAGAAGAUGAUUGAGUUGGGAAAAACUGGGUUUGUUUUUAAUCCUUAUGGUGGGAGAAUGAGUGAAAUUUCAGAGAAGGCAACACCUUUUCCACAUAGAGCCGGGAACAUAUUCAAAAUACAGUACUCCGUGAAUUGGAACGAGGAAGGAAUUGAAGCGGAGAAGAAUUAUUUGAAUCAGAUUAGGAGGCUAUUCAGUUACAUGACACCUUUUGUGUCAAAGUCCCCUAGGCAAGCUUUUCUCAACUACAGAGACCUUGACAUUGGUGUUACUGACAAUGGUGAAAAUAGUUACAAUGAAGGUGAAGUUUAUGGGGUGAAGUAUUUCAAGGAUAAUUUUGAUAGGUUGGUGAAAGCGAAGACCUUGAUUGAUCCCGAUAAUUUCUUCAGGAACGAGCAAAGCAUUCCACCUAAGCCAUUUCAACAGCACACAAAGUAGAGGGAGAAAGAUUGGAACACCUGUGUUCAUAGUACUAGGUGAUUGCUUGACUGUAUUAAUGAUAUUCCGUUACCAACUAUGGUACUAAUAUGUUAGUUUUCACUUCUCCUUUUCAGAUAAAAGUAAUAUUAUUGUUUGCUUUGUCACGGAUUCAGUGAAAUAAAAGUUAUUAUUUUUAUAUUAUAUAUGCUUGGAAAGUAUGGGAGAUGGAACAUGGCAAUGUAAUCUUAUAUUUUCGAACAAAACUCCAUAUCAAUACAAAUUUG